AUGGCUUUGUGCAGGAGAUCGCUGCUCCUCAGCUCUUCGUAUCGACAAUUCCUGCGGCUCGGCUACCAAACACGCAAGAACUCUUCUGGUCGAGACAGAUUCUUUCGUAUUUCGGAGGAAGUCCAGGAUGCCCUUGCAACUGGCAAGCCGGUCGUUGCGCUGGAGACUACAAUAUACACACAUGGGUUCCCUUACCCUGAAAACGUCGCUCUAUCCUCCCACCUGGAAUCCCUAGUCCGCGUCAAUGGCGGCGUGCCUGCGACCAUCGGCAUCCUCGAAGGCAAGGCCUGUGUUGGCAUGGCCACUGAAGAGCUGUUACAACUUGUUUCCACGGCUGGUAGCGAGGACACGUGGAAAAUUUCAAGACGAGACCUCGGUUUCAUCGGAGGACUAGGUCUUCGGGGUCAAAAGCUCAAUGGCGGGACAACCAUUGCUGGGACCAUGAUCCUUGCCCAUCUGGCGGGCAUCAGGGUCUUUGCAACGGGUGGUCUUGGUGGUGUCCAUCGUGGAGGGGAGAACUCUAUGGACAUCUCGGCAGAUCUGACGGAGCUUGGGCGAACACCUGUCGCGGUCAUCUCAAGCGGCUGUAAGAGCUUCUUGGAUAUCCCCCGGACGUUGGAAUUUCUGGAGACGCAGGGCGUGGGCGUGGGCACUUUUGCGGAUGGCAGACAAGGGCAUGUCGACUUCCCUGCGUUUUUCUCCCGGGACAGCGGUGUCAAAAGUCCAAAGACAAUCACAGAUGAAGCGGAUGCCGCAGCCAUUAUCUACGCACAACACGGGUUCCCCCUGCAGUCCGGGUUACUUUUCGCCAACCCGGUUCCAGAACAGUCAGCGAUGGCAAAGGAAGAGAUUGAUUCAAUAAUCGCCGCAGCAGUUGCCGAGGCGGAAGAGAAAGGCAUUGGCGGAAGUGCCAACACUCCUUACAUCUUGAAGCGCAUUCGAGAACUGAGCAAGGGCGCGAGCGUACGGGCAAAUGAAGCUUUGAUUGAGGCGAACGUCGUUCGUGGAACCAAAGUCGCCGUCGAACUGGCGAAGCUUGAGAGACGGGGUGGAGCUGCGCCUCAGCGAGAGAAUGCCAGCAGGGUCAUCGGCGGUGGGAAAUUUCCCCAAUCCAUAAAGAGCUCUGAAAAAGCUGCGGGUGACCAAGCAGAUCCCGUACACAGGACGGUGGAACAGUCAUCCCGGCCCGUGGAAGUACUCGUUGCUGGAUCGCUUGCAAGUGAUACAAUAUGUGACCAUCAACCACUGAAAAUCACACCAGAUUCAACUACCCCAGCGCUUCAUACAUCGAAUCCGUCUAUCAUCUCUCAGUCGCCGGGCGGAGUCGGGCGUAACGUUGCCAUGGCUGCUCAUCUAGCAGGUGCAAAAGUCACAUUGGCGAGCGUCGUGGCAGACGACCUUGCUGGAGCAUCUCUUCUCGAUCACGUAGGGAAGAGCGGUCUUGAGACGACGGCAAUCCGGCGACUUUCCACCAAAAACGGGGCACGAACAGCACAAUAUGUCGCCGUCAACGACACAAGCAAAGAUCUCGUGCUUGCAAUGGCAGACAUGUCGAUAUUCGCUCGCCCAGAACUCGAAUCGGCAGACUACUGGAUGGCAAAGAUGGACGAAAACAAGCCAAAAUGGGUGGUCGUCGACGCAAACUGGUCUCCUGCCAUUCUCUCAUCCAUAUUGUCGGCUGCGAAAGCGCAUCACGCCUUUGUGGCAUUCGAGCCUGUCUCGGUUGCAAAGGCCGCUCGCCUUUUCCACAAGGACAACUCUGCCAUUAUCAGCGCUAACGUAGUGCCAAAUCAUGUUAUUAGCCUUGCAUCCCCCAACAGACUCGAAUUGACUGCAAUCUAUAACGCGGCCAGAGACGCGAUGAUGUUCGACUCGGAGCAGUGGUGGAACGCAAUCGACAGCCUCGGCCUCUCAGGCUCGGGGUCUCGGGAUCGAUUGAUUUCUGUUGCAGGACACGAGUUAGUCGAACACGGGAUCCCGCAACAGUGCAUCCAGCUUUUGCCAUUCAUUCCGAAUCUGGUGACAAAGCUUGGGUCUAGGGGAUGUCUCCUGGCUUGCCUGCUGCGGCCUGGCGAUCCUAGACUCACACGGCCAGAAAACGCCCCAUACGUACUGUCGAGGAACUUGUCUCGAGACUCUGAGAUCGGUGGCUUGUAUAUGCGAUUGAUUCCACCAUUCGUCGAGGUCGAACAGGACGAAAUAGUUUCUGUCAACGGCAUUGGUGACACAAUGCUGGGCGUUAUCAUUGCAGGCCUUGCGAAAGGCCGGACGCUUGAGGAGGUGCUGCCCAUUGCGCAAGAGGCAGCGGUGCUCACGUUAAAGUCUGCAGAGGCGGUGUCUCCCCAUGUUCGGCACAUCCAGGCAAGGCUCAGGUGA